CAACGUGUGACGUCAAGUGUGAAUGACGUAAAAAAAACGACAUCCGUAACUAUAGUUUGGGUCUGCUGCCAUGGAGAGGAAAAUCUACCAGCCUUCGUGACCCUUUUAUCUAAAUCUUAACACCAUAAACGCACGUCUACCACAUGUGUUUAUGAUAUAGGUGUUUAUGACGUGGGUUUACGGUUGCUAUGUAUCAAAUAACGGUGCGCAGAUUUGAGCCUUUCCGAUUUGCAGCAGGUCUAAGUACUGGCAUGUCUGACUUACCGCACGUAGUCUGGCGGCCCACACGGGCAAACAGAACUAAGGUGUUGGGUAAACACUCCUAUCACCGGAACGUCGUCAUCGCAGGGAUUGAUUGUUCUGGGUGCACGUCAGCGUGGCGGGGCGAGGGGCGUUACCGCCGGGCAAAGCACAGGUGAGCGCCGCGCACGUCCGGUGUCGCCACGGCCAGGAUACCUGUUCGGAACGUAGCCCGUGUAGCUCGUGCUUCAAGCCGGGACCAGGUUGGUUUGAACGCUCUGCAGUGAAUCGGUGAGAAAUUGGUGAUAUAUUCUUCGAUACCAGCACAGUCUGGGUGGUAGGACACGUGUUACAGACAUUACUGAUAAACAGCGCGGACGAUUACUUCAUUUACGAACUUGGAAAGAUUUCUCAACAUCUGCUGUUGUAACUAGAGAGACAUUGUUGGCGCAGAGGUGGAACGGAACGUGGUGUAAUCGUUUUUACCUGUCGAUACACGUGUCUAGGGCACACCACGUCCUAACGCCGGUAUCGCCGCUGGUAUCACCACCGUGGCGUUCGGUGUCACACCACAUCCGUUUAACGUUGAAUCAGGCGUGGUGACAUCCUAUUCAACAAACAGGAAGGGCUCGACUACAAAACCUAGAAAAAAACAGUUCAAGUGGAAAAUCUUUCUCCGAAUUUUCUUAACAUCCGGUGAAGAUCUGAUCGCAGUCAAGACAAGCCCAAGAGAGAACCCCAUUGUCUGACCCUCCCAGAUAGACAUGGCGCUCCGCAGACUGUGCUGUUGUUGCUGCCCUGAGUACAAACUUCCUGACGAGUUCGAUGCUCUCGAGAUGCGCAGCGUGGAGACUACACCUGCAGUUACACCGCGGGACGGCAGGAGACGUCCCGUGCGAAGAACCUCUUCCAUUGAAUUCUGGGUGCCCGGAGGAAAUCGUGUCAUGUCGGUACAACCAAAAACAGAAUAUCAUGACGUCGACGCCAUAUCCAUAGAGAGCAAUGGGUCCGGGCUCUCCCUUGACAACGCGACGUACGAACCUUUCCGAGUAAACCCGAUGUUGCCCGAAGUACGCCAUAAGCCUGUGACGGUACAGCCUCUCGGUUCCCUGGACCCAACGUUAUACGAGACCAUUGAGAAGGACAAGAAGGUGUCCCAGCUAAAAAUCACUCACACUCGACAGGGGAGCACGGAUGAAGCCAAGGAAGAUAUAUUCGGCACAGUCUGGUCCAAAAUACACUAUGACGCCAUCACAGAAAGGCUCGUUUUACGUUUACAGAGAAUCAGCGACCUGCCGAGAAAAGGAGAUGAUAAACUGUACGACCCCGUGGCCUUCAUCUGUCUCUUACCGGACGAAAAACACUAUUUUAGGUCAAAGGUCAUCCGAAACACGUGCAAUCCCUGCUUCGAGGAUGAAUUCGCCUUCCCGUUGGAGAAGGUCAUGGAGCAUGCGCAGGACCUGUUGAAGUGUGUGCUGCGAAUAUCUGUGUACGAUUAUAACAGGACUCAUAAAUAUAACGUCAUCGGCCAUGCUCUCUUCCCAUUGGCUGAUCAGGACCUCUCCGGAAGAAACACGGUCAAAGCACCCAUCACGAAAAGAAGCAAGAUAACUGUUAACCUUGGAGAAGUGCUGCUGUCUCUGGCCUACCUUCCCUCCCUGGACCGACUGUCUGUGGUCGUCAACCGGUGCAGACACCUGAAAAUAUUCGACAAGUCAGUGACGUCUAUAGACACCUAUGCCAAGGUGACCUUGAUGUGUGGAAGCGACAAGGUCAAGAGCAAACGAACAGAGGUGGUGGAGAAUACGUCCAAACCGGUUUUCAACCAGUCUCUUUCCUUCGUGGUCCCAUAUUCCUACUUAGAUGACACCAGUUUGGUGAUUACUGUCAUGCAGAGGACUUUUUUGCGCUCCGAUGCGGUCAUAGGCCGCCUGGUGGUUGGUCCGUUCUUCUACGCACAAGGUGAAAGUUUGACUCACUGGGGCAGCAUGGCGAAAUCACGCGAGGCAAAGAAGCAAUGGCAUCCGCUGUAUCUAUGAUGCGGGACAUAGAAUACUUGUGUAUCAUUAUUUACCAAUAGCUUCUAUAACCUCCAACGACGACACCAUGUGGCAAAUGAAAGUACUACACAGAAGAACGUCACACAAAGUACAAAAUAGGUGUAUAUACUGCGGAUUCGCCAAGGACAGGAAUGACACAGAUGUGGCAAUAAAACCAUGCCAUGAAAGGAUGCUGAUAUGUCUCAAGAAAUGAAAUAGAUACACAUGUAUUCUUGAAAUGUUGUUAUCUACUAACUGUAUUCUGGUAAUGUGGUCUUUACCAGAUGUCUUACUAUCACAACAAUCCUUGGAGGCUCAUAGCAUGAUACCGAUGUACGUCAUUAUUUCCGUGAAACGGAAAGUACUGUUUUCGAUGUGUUUCGUCAUUCUGUAUCUUCCAUGUACUCGUCACGCUCACCGCUGCGUGGCAAGAAGUAAAGGUCAGAGUUACAGGAGUGACAGGAAAUAAAGUUUAUAUUUGUCAGAGUGUAUACCUCAUCACCCUUGUGUGACAACUGACAGACAUUCUAGGCCAUGGGGUCUAUGGAAGAGCCUAUCAGUUUACAUGAAACUGAACAAAACGUGGGCAGACGAAACUGAUUGGUCGUAUAGCUACGAACCAAUUACAGAUUUAGAACAUUCA